GUGUACAUGGGAUCACUUCCUAAGGGCCAGUACUUUCCAGCAGCUCACCAUGUUACCAUGCUCCAAGAUGUUGUUGGGGCCAGCUUUGAAGAAAAUCUAUUGAUUGGAAGUUACAGGAGGAGUUUCAAUGGAUUUUCAGCCAUGAUCACUGCUUCUGAGAGAAAGAAGCUGGUCGCGAUGAAAGGAGUAGUCUCAGUUUUUCCAAGCAGAAUUUAUCAGUUACACACAACAAGAUCUUGGGGCUUCAUGGGGUUCGACGAGACUACUGAUCAGAAGCUCCACGAUCUAAAAAAGGAGAGUGAGGUUAUCGUUGGUAUUAUUGACAGUGGAAUCUGGCCUGAAUCACAAAGCUUCAGUGAUGGAGAUCUUGGUCCAGCUCCAAAGAAGUGGAGGGGUGAAUGUAAAGGUGGAAGCAACUUCACUUGCAACAACAAGCUUAUUGGAGCACGAUAUUAUGCUUCAGACUCUGCAAGAGAUACUGACGGUCACGGAUCUCAUACUGCAUCUACAGCAGCAGGAAACACAGUAAAGAAUAUAAGUUUUUAUGGGCUGGCUGAAGGUACUGCAACAGGAGGGGUUCCCUUUGCCAGGAUUGCCGCAUAUAAAGCUUGUGGUGAAAGUGGGUGUAGUUCACAGGCAAUCUUGGCAGCUUUUGAUGAUGCUAUUGCUGAUGGAGUUGAUGUCAUAUCAAUUUCAGUGGGACCAUCACUUCCAAGUGAAGUGAUUGAAGAUCCUAUUGCCAUUGGUGCUUUUCAUGCAAUGGCAAAUGGAAUUUUGACUGUGCAGUCUGCAGGGAAUACUGGUUCUGGCCGUUUUACAGUGGUAAGCACAGCACCAUGGAUUCUGACUGUUGCAGCAAGCACCAUUGAUCGUGCCUUCAUCGACAAAGUUGUUCUUGGAAAUGGAAAGACUUUAGUGGGAAAAUCAAUUAAUUCAUUUAGUCUAAAAGGAGAAAAAUAUCCUUUGAUCUAUGGAAAAGAUGUCACGACGACCUGCACCCCUGAGACUGCAGGGCUGUGCAGCAAAGGAUGUCUGGAUAAUAAUUUAGUUAAGGGAAAAAUUGUUGUCUGUGAUCAGAAGAAGGGAUUUUCCGUUGUUCAUAAAGCUGGAGGCUUGGGGUCUGUACUUAGAGACACAAUAAUUUCAGAGAAUAUUUCUUUCAUUUACUCCUUGCCAACAUCUGCUUUAGAGCCUGAUGAGUACGAUACUGUCAAGUCGUACCUUAAAACAACAGACCCUGUGGCAGAAAUAAUGAAAAGUGAGACUAGAGAAGAUACAAAUGCUCCUGUUGUGGCUGUCUUUUCUUCGCGUGGCCCGAAUCUUCUUAUCGAAGAAAUUUUGAAGCCAGAUUUAACAGCCCCAGGGGUAAAUAUCUUGGCUGCUUUUUCACCUCUUGCUUCACCCUCAGGUGAUCCUUUGGAUAAUCGCCGUGUAAAUUACAAUCUAUUAUCCGGCACCUCCAUGUCUUGCCCCCAUGCUUCUGGACUUGCUGCUUAUGUUAAGGCAUCCCACCCUGAUUGGUCUCCUUCAGCCAUCAAAUCUGCUUUAAUGACAACUGCCUGGGAAAUGACAAGUUCCAAAAAUGUGGAGGGUGGAUUAGCUUAUGGAUCUGGGCAUAUUAGUCCUUUACAAUCUACAGAUCCUGGGCUUAUAUACGAAGCUGAUAAAUAUGAUUACGUACAAAUGCUUUGCGACUUGGGCUAUGGUUCAAAGCUUGGACAGAUAGCAGGAGACAAUAGCACUUGUCCUGAGGAGAAAUCAUUUGUCAGGGAUCUUAACUAUCCUUCAAUGGCUUCUGGCAUUAGAAGCACAGAAGAGCCAUUUACAGUCACUUUUCAUCGAAUUGUUACAAAUGUUGGCCGUGCAAACUCCGUUUACAAAGCAACCGUUUCUUCCUCAAAUCCAAAUGUUAAUAUAACAGUGGUGCCUCAAGCUCUCUCUUUCAAGUCUUUGAAUGAGAAAAAGUCUUUCAAUGUUACUGUUGUCGGAAAUAGUUUGGAAUCUGCAUUAAUGUCCGAAUCCUUGGUCUGGUCUGAUGGUUUCGGUCAUAAAGUGAGGAGUCCCAUUGUUUUAUUUGGCUCCUGA